GGACAGUGAGGGCCCGCUCAUGCUUUAUUUAACCAUUCCCGUCUCUCAGCCAUGAACAGUUCGAGCAUGUUGGAGUCUCUAGACGAUACCUCCAGGCAAUUACAUAAUUUGUUUUUGUUUUCGAAAACUUGUAUUUUCCCAAUUCAAAAGCACCGGGCAACGUGUGGAUCAGCUCUCUUCCCUUGCAAUGGGGCCGGUGUGCGGCAGCGAACUGAUGAAGAUGAGAGUCUGGAGGUCCCUCUUGACCUCUCUCAUUCAGGGAAGCGGCGGAGACGGGGGAACUUGCCUAAGGAGUCUGUACGGAUUCUGAGGGAUUGGUUGUACGAGCAUCGCUAUAAGGCGUAUCCGUCUGAACAGGAGAAAACCCAACUGUCGAGGCAGGCACAGCUAUCUGUACUGCAGGUCUGUAACUGGUUCAUUAAUGCACGCCGCAGACUGCUGCCAGAUAUGCUGAGGAAGGAUGGCAAAGAUCCCAAUAACUUCACUAUCUCUCGUCGUGGGAGUAAGAGCAUGGAGCAUACCCACGUUCAGACGUCGGUGACAUCAAGCAGUUUUGUCCCAGACCUUGACGAAAGAUCAUUUGGAUCCACAAGCUCCUGCCCAGAUAAUGGGGAGACCUCUCCAUGUAGCACCUCUUCUGCAGGAGCAUUCCUGCCAAGACCUUCAGUCAUAUGCCACACUACCGUCUCGACACCGAAUGAUGUGCCUUUACACUACUGCCCACCUACCGGCAUAGAGGGAAUGUCUAAAAUGGAUCUUUUGUCAAGUGCAGGCUUGGUGAAUACCAAUCCUGGAUGCUCCAAAGAUGCUGUUCAAAUUGGGUCAAACCCACCCCACCAGAGUGGACUAUUUAACACUCCUCCACCCACUCCUCCGGAUCUCAAUUCAAGAUUUCAGUGGCUUCAGCUGCUGGUGGAUGUUGCGCUGAAACGAGCUGCGGAAAUGGAAUCCCAGUCCAAGCCAAUGGCUUAGAUCCUACCCAUUCUGGCUGUCAAACUGACCUGAGGGAAGAAGAACACUACAGGAAAAGCUUGUUCCAUAUGGAAAAACAGAUGCUUUAUGCAGCAUGAUGCCUUCUUAUUUGCACAAGGGAAUCCCAAAACUUGGCUUCCUAUCACAGAAUUGUCUUAACAAAUUGCUCACAUGGAGACUGAUGAACUCAUGACUACUAUAGAUAGAUAAAUCUUUGUUUUGUAGUUGUUGAUAAUGUGAGAAUUUCCCAUGAUUAUGUGAUUCUUUACUUUCAGUCUGUGCAAUAUUUAGAUAUACAGAGCUGCCUUAUCACUCUUUAUCAUUCCUGCAUGGAAAAAUGAUGUGGCUCGUGCAUUGUUUAGAAUAAGUUUUUUUUAUAUAAUUAUGUAUUGUCACUGGGGCUUGUUUCUAAACUGAGUUUUGAUUAUUCCUUCAGUCUUUAUUUCAGUGUAAGGCAAUCGACCAUGGACCUGGGGAACAGAACUUUAUUGGUCUGCAGCAACUGCUUGUUGUGCAGACUUUUUUUUGUCUUUUCAGAUUCCAGUAGUCACAGCAGAACCUGCACACAGGCAUUCCUUACUCCUGCAACAUUGCUUUACUUGUGGCUCCCAUUCAUUGGUGUGGUGCUGUUUUAUGGCUGCCAUACUUGCCCAACUGUAAGGCUACAUCUGCACAAGAAGAGAUGACCAAUGGAGAGGGUGAGACCAGAACCAGCCCAGAAUGUUUUGGGUCCCUGAUCACCAAUAUUUUGUGUUUUAUGGCUGGCCUGGCUAAACUCUAAAUUUAGCACAAGUCUUGAAUGUACAUCACCUGCAUUGAUUAAUUUGGUUUUGCUUGUGUGUUUAGUGGCACUGAACCAGAUGUCUGGGUCAGCCCUCCAAUAAUGAUGCAGUUGCUGUACCUUCCUGGAAUAUUGCCUUUAAGACUGGUAUUGUGAGGUCUGGAUGAUUUGUUAAUGGAGCUUGUGUAUUGUCAGUUUGUCAUCUUCCAUUGUUCAAUGUCUUGAGAUAUUCGAAUGCAGGGUGGAGAUGUUUGAAAGUCAUCUAUGAUGGCUGUGCCAUUGUGCGUUCUAAAUUUUCUAGCUUGUAACUCAUCAAGUUGAGACUGACUUUUAAGUGAAGGAUGUUUUGUUUCUAAAACUGCUGUUACAUAAUUGAGGUUCCAAGAGGCCUUUCCUAAACUCCUGUUAUGAUAUGCUGUUUACUUGAGUUAUGGUGGGAGCAUGGGAGAAGCUGUGCAGAACAUCAGGACAAAAGUUUAAAUAUAUCACCUAAAUUUGCUAGGAGGCUUAGACUAGUGAAUAUAUUAUUUAGCCAUCCCGGUGCCGGUUUUGGUUUCUGUCAGCCUGACAAUGCACCUUAUCCCAAAGACCAGGCCCUGUUGCAUUCAGAUUCCUCCUCCAGUUUUGCAGUACUGCUGGGUCCCCAACAUGAAGCCCUGCUAAUAAUAUUCACCAAAUUCUUUUUAAAAAUACUAAACUUAACUGCUGACCCUCUAGUUAUUGGAGAAAAGCCUUUCUUCUAGGCUAAAUCCCAGAAGCAGAAAUAAUGUACUCUGCAAUGCCAUUAUUUAGAGGAUGGUGGGAUACAAAAGAAAACAAAACAAGACUUGGAAAUUGUAGAGUAUUCUUGUUUCAAUGGCUAGUUUUUUUUAAAAUCACAACAUUGAGCCCUGGAUGAAGGUCUUUCAGCUGAAUUUUGUGAUUUCCUUUUAGCUGAAGAGCAUUUAAGAUUAUUUAAACUGUUGUCAUUUCCUUCUCCCUUACCUCCAAUAUAUAUUUUACUCAGUUAGUAUUUCUUGUACUCCUAUACACUUUUCUAUAUUCUGAGCAGGUAAAUGCAUGAAUUGUGAUGCUUUUGAUUUUGCUAACUCUUGCAUUUAAGAGCUGGUAAAAUAGUAAAACUAAUGUAAACUUUCUUCAGGUAGUACUGUGCAUUGGAGAAAGGAUUAUGAUAUUUUGCAUAGGUUGGAGAUUUUUCAUAUGAAGCAUGUUCAUGCAAAUUGGCCCCUGUUCCACUUUUGACACAACUAUCAAGUUAUGGGAAUGAGGCUACAGAGGUCCUAAGGUUGCUUGAGGAUUCAUGUAGUCGGGUGAGAACCCCCUUCUUUACUAAAAGUAGGAGCAACAAUUGAAGCAUUUCUUUCAUUUGCCUGUGGGCUGCUGCUAAAAUUUGCAGCAGGAGUUGGUCCACCUCCCUCAUCUUCAUCCCCACUACCAUAGUGCCAGUGCUGGAAUUGUACCCUACCUCUUGAGGAUGUAUCCUGUAGUUUGUUUUCUUGAGGUCCUAAUGUGGUGGGCUGGGUUCAGUCAAAGAUCCAGCUGUAGAUUCUGAAACUGACUUUUAAAAAAGGAAUCCGGUCUCCAUAUCUGUACCUCCUAAAGAAUCAUGAACAGUAUGUAUGGGAUGCAGUCUUAAUUCUGUGACUUUUUUUUUGUAUAAUUUAUUAUACCAGUGAUGCUGAAGUCCUGACAUGCUGUUAAUGAUUGACAUUUGAAAGGCAGCUGAAUUAACACACUGUAAAAAUGACAGUCUCUGAAGCGGUCCUAAUUUGAAUUUCAUUGCUGGUGUAAUUCAAUUCACAUCUUUUUAUAGUUGGUUGUCAAUACUGUGUGGAAGUAUAUUUCCUGAUGAAAAUUAAUCAUAAAUCUGUAACUUUUUAAAAAAAAAAGUAGAGUGUCCUACUUUUAAUCUAGAUAUUAUUUUUAACCCUUCAACCUAGAAGGUAUUUGUACAGUUUUCAUCACUGAUCAUCUGAAAUUGUGAAAAAUGAGUGUAGACUGUACUAUAUGAACCUGGUCCAUUUUGCAUUGAUGUUUUGCCUUAUUGACGAAUCAGGAUGCAAAGGCCUGUAAAGACUGACUAAAGCUGCAGUAUUCCUCUUUGCCUUGCCACUGGAUUCUGCAGGCAGGGUUCUUCUCACUUCCUAAUUACAAGGUGGGGGCAUCAGAAUGCAGUUUCACAAUGUACCCAAUUUUGAUUUAAAAAUAAUAAAUUACUUUAUUCCUUCCUAA